UAACGUACCGGCCAUUGAUUGCCUGAAUUUGAUCGAGAACGAGAGCGCAGCGUACGGUUUUGCGUUGAAAGUUCUUCUUCUUGGUGUCGGCGACUUACGAAACCUGGCGUUAACGUGUGCUUCUUUGCCAGAUUCAUACAGCCACAAGGUAUUGUUUACCUUGAACGACAAAGAGAGCUGCGUUUUGGCAAGAAUUGUACUGUUGCUUUAUAUCAUGAACGGAGGUGAAUCAGACGUUGAGAAAACCGUCACAGAAAUUUGGUAUUCAACAUUACUCAGCGAGGGAACAUAUCAAUGUCUUCGCGCAUCGCUUCUAGAGCUCACUGGCUUGACGUCCGCAGAAAACCUACUGUCAAACACCGCUGGUUUGAUAAGGGUUGAAGAAUUGCAGUUUCAACAACUGCAAGAUGUCUGGAAAACCUGGCUUGGUCUGCGUGUGACAGGAACAAAGUGGAUUCGGAAGCAACGCGAAGAAUUGAUGAAAAACCAAUUGUAUUCUCCAUACACUGAGAACGUACCAGCACAACACGCCGCUUCGGCGAAGAGAUGGAUAGAGCAGGGUGUUUUCAAACGAACACCAGGGCCAACGUUUGCCGAGAACCCGACAAUGACUGGCGUUGAUUCAAAAGCAAGAUAUGCACCUUAUUCCUACAGCGUGCCGGAAAGCGUCUUUCCUUUUUCAGGCUGGGACUAUCAGCAAGUGAAAAAGUUCAAGAGUUGCAACUGCCUCGUGACGAUGUACGGCGAUUACAUUGAAUGCAUUCUACGAAACACCCUGAAGAUGUUCUCCAAGAAACAAAUCAGCGUCCAGGUUAUACUGAGCGAUUGCAUGGACAUUCAACAGCAUCUCGAAGUGAACACACUGUACGACCGAAUUCUUACGUCGAACCUGAUGGACUACCUAUUUUUACCAAAUUUGCUGAAGCUUUGUUCCGAGAUGUUGAACCACGACAACGACCAAGCGACCAUCAUAACGGAAACUAUAUUGUGGUCGGAUAGUAUAAUGCCCGAAGGAGACGUCUCGUGGCCACCGAAUAUGACGCGACUCGCAAAGUUAACAAAAUUUGCUUCGGAAGAUACCAAGCGAUCAUUUUUUGCGAACGACGGGGGCAUAAGCGUCAGAGAAUAUCUGGAUAACUCUCGUGAAUUCCUCAACUAUCUCAGAGCGAUGUUUUACGCAUAUCGUUUACAUAAAGUGGCAGAGAGUAAAUCCACCGCUACGAAAUCUACGAUUCCUGGUAUUAAAGAAUUGGCAAAUGAAUUUAAGUUGCAACUCCGAGAUGGCAUUCGGAACGAAAACAGAAUCGUAUUUUAUAAGCCGGCAAUAAACAGGAGAAGGGUUAAUUUUAUGAUGGGCAGUGAGCGAUUUUUGGAGUGGAUCCCACUAAAAAAAGAGUGAACUGAUUCAUGGAACUUUUUUGCCUGAUGGGACGAAUAUCGUUAGACAUUUCAGAAAAUAAUGGCCAAUUAUGAAAGCUUUGAUUGUUAACAUUUGGGACAGCCUGUAAUACAAUACAAUACAACAAUAAUACGGUACAAGGACACUUUAUACAAACAGAAUUCACACGUGCAUAUUGCUCACAAACACGUAUAGCUUUUAAGAAUUAAUCUUAGUACUCUGAAAGGAAGCUUAUAAGGAAAAUAAUCAUGAUUACUUAAUUUACACAAGCACAUGCAUGAUG